GACUUAGCCUCUUUCUUCUUCAUGUGGCAGUUAUGAAACACAUUAAGUUACUUUUAUUUUACCCGUCAACUCUCCAGCACAGCUUUGGAAGUUGGUAAACACGGUCAACAAUGGAGUGCAAUUGCAACUUGACUCCUGAGGAGAGAGAGGGUCAGAGGAUAUCCAAGGAAAUAGAAAAACAACUCAAAAAGGACAAAGAGAAACAGAAACGGGAUUUGAAACUGCUGCUUUUAGGCCCUGGUGAAAGCGGGAAGAGCACCUUCAUCAAACAGAUGAGGAUCAUACAUGGCAAGGGAUACGACGAAUCGGACAGAAAAGGUUUUAAUAAGCUAGUGUGCCAGAAUAUCAUCACAGCCAUCCAGGCACUGAUUGAAGCCAUGAGUGCACUAAAGAUCGACUAUCUUGAUGACCAAAACAUUGAAUAUGCUGAAAAACUGAUACCUGUGGAUGUAACCAUGGUCCAUACUUUAGCAUCCUGGCAAGUGGAUGCUAUUAAGCGAUUAUGGAGUGACCUUGGAGUACAGAAGUGUUACGACCGGAGGAGGGAGUACCAGCUGUCAGACUCUGCUAAAUACUUUCUAAGUGACAUAAACAGAAUCACAGCCCCAGGGUACAUUCCAACUCUGCAGGAUGUCUUGAGGGCCAGGGUUGCCACCACCGGCAUCAUAGAGUACCCAUUUGAAAUACAAAAAGUUAUCAUCAGGAUGGUGGAUGUGGGUGGCCAGCGUUCACAAAGAAAGAAGUGGAUUCACUGCUUUGAAAAUGUCACCUCCAUCAUAUUCCUGGCAGCACUUAGUGAAUACGAUCAAGUUCUUUUUGAGAGUCAGGAGAUUAAUCGACUGGCUGAAAGUCUUGCCCUGUUCAAGACCAUAAUUUCAUCCAUUUGGUUUAAGAGCACCUCUACCAUCCUCUUUUUGAACAAAACAGAUCUACUUGAGGAGAAAAUCAAAACAUCACACUUGGCAACGCACUUCCCAAAGUUCAAUGGACCUCAGUGUGAUGGUGAAGCAGCAAAGACGUUCAUCCAGCAGAUGUUCACUGAGCUUUACAAAGCGAAGGACAAUCCCCUCUACACACACUUCACUUGUGCUACCGACACUGAAAACAUCCGAUUUGUCUUCAAUUGCGUGAAAGAUAUAAUUUUCUGUAACCAUUUAAAUGCUUAUUCACUUCUGUAGACUAGAAAGAAGACAUGAUGUUUCACAGAUUUUACAGAUAAUUUUAUCAUCCAUAAAGAGAUGUGUUAACCCCUAAAAUUCCUACCCAUUCUAGAAUGCUAUGAGUAUUAAAUUCAAAUGUUAUAUUUAAUCUCCCCCAGGAUUCAAAUGAAUUACAUUUACUCUUCACUACACUUACAAAGUAGAGCUGGGCGCCAACUAAUGACACAGCCUAUCAAGUGGACACCAACUUGGUGUGAUACAUGCUCCAAAAAGUGGAAAAAGAAAAAAAAAAAAAAACAAAAACACAGGACUUUAUUUUCCAAGUUAAAAGCUGAAGUUCCAAGCUUUAUAGAGUAGCCCAACAGUGCCUUGUUGUGGCUUAGAAAACAUGCAAAUUAAACCAAAAGAACAGGUCCACCCCUUAGCAGUGGGGAGUCGUUGAGGUCUUUGUUAGCCUGCAAUACCCAAUACUGGCCUAUUACUCUGAAAAGGGGAGUCUUUAAGGUCAUUGUUGGCCUGCUUGACCAGGCAAGAUGUCUUGGUCCCCUGCAUGGUAAUGAGGAUUGAGAUGAUAGUGGGAAGGAAGCAGCUCUAUCGCUGUGUUGAAGGAGUUGCAGAGCUGAAACCGGAGUCCAGCGCCUCUUUUGGGGGACCCAAAAUUAGCAUGUUUUUUGGGCUACUCUAUAAAGCUUGGAACUCAACAAGAAUCCUGACAUUUUGAAUACAGAAAGCUGGAUGGGAAGUGAAAUAUCUUGAAACUUGGAAAACAAAGUCCAGUGGUUUGUUUUUCAACAAAAACUGGGACUCUUCACCAGCACGGUUUGAUACAUGGUUUCCUGAAAUCACCUUGAUAUUAGAACCCACCACAACUGUUUUUCAUGGCUGAUUUCCAUUGUUUUGGCUCUGGUGACAACUUCCAGACAAUGAGCCCAGUGCUGUCAUUCUGUAGUAUCUGUUGGACUUAGGUUAAAUAGGUUCAAAUUUAGGUUGUAUUUAAGAGUUGUUUACUAUAAGUGUCAUUUAAAGAGUGAUUACUCCAGGCAAAAGAAGUGGGAAUAAGCCCAAAAGCAUAAAUGCCUUCACAUGCCAAGGAAUUUCCUUACACAGAAAACAUCUAAGUUGUCUUCAAAUAAGUGAAAGACUAUUUUCCUUCAACUGCUGCUUAUCAAGAUGCUGGUAUAAACAAGGAUGGAGUUGUUGGUUACUAUAGUUUCAUAAAAAAAAUCUAACAUCCUAGUGAAUACUGUUUCUUUUCAACAAUUUCAAGGAAUGUUUUAGUUAAGGAGAAAUACCAUAUUUUCCUUCUUACAGCUUUCAGAGGUGGUAAAUAAAAUAAAUCACUGCAUGGAGUGUUUUAGAAUGAUAUUUUAUGUUUAUUUUGAACAGUGUUAAUAUUUUCAAUAAAGAAACACCAAACCAAUAAACUUUGUUUUAUGUUCUCACUGGUGUUGAAGAUCACAUUUCAAAUGAUGUAAGCGAGCCGUGUCGAUUUUAAACCACGGCGCAAACUCUCCCU